UUUCAUUCAGAAAGAAAUCACACAAACCCAGCCAAAAAACCCUAGCACUGUAAGCCUACCCCACCGCCGCAAGGAGUGGCAUACUGCCGCCGUCCAUUGCACUCAAAGUUCGCCAUCCGUCCGUCUAUCUAGCUUCCCUCGUGCUCCAAGUCUUCAACCCCUGUUCGCUGUCACCGAUCGCGGCUGCUUCCUCGAGCUCGGCGUCCGUCGUCUUUGUCUGCUCAGCCGCGCUUCCGUCGCCGUUUGUGUGCCGUUUACGUUCGCGUUUCUGUCGUCUUCGUUCGCGUUCUUCGUCUUUCAAGUUUGCUCGGCGUUCACCGUUCGCGUUCACUCGCCGUUCACCGUUCGAGUUCGCAUUCGCGUUCGUCUGGAAGCCACGUUGCUCUGCUUCAAAUUCUGCGACCAACCCGCGCGCUCCACCUAGCCGUCGAACUGCUCUCUUUUGUCGCCGCCUUGAACUAUGGUUAGACCGGUUGGACCAGUAACUAGAGCAGUUUGAUGACUGGUCCGGUUUUCAGAACCUUGCUCAAACUACAUCACUUCAAUUGAAACUGCACUCUGCAAUAUCUUUGAAGAAUCAGACUUCUUAAAGGGGUAGAUGGGUGAUCGGCAAUUAGGUGAGCAACAACAGCAGGGGGUUGAUCAGCAACUAGCAUCUUCUCCCGCUGCUUCUACAAAGGAUGAUAUGGUUUCUUCUGUUAUGGCUUUGGAGGCUGCUUUGCUUCCCUGUUUGCCUGCCCGUGAACUUCAAGCUAUUGACCGUUCUCCCCACCCUUCCCAUCAGAUUGAUGUGGAUAGGUAUGCUAGAGAUUUUAUGGAGGCUGCCAAGAAGUUACAGCUUCAUUUUAUUAGUCUGCAACGUGAGGAUAAGCCGACUAAAGUUGAAAUGCUUAGAAAGGAUAUCACUCUCAUGGAAGAAGAACUUGACAGGAAAAAUGAGCUGAUAAAGAAACAAGAAAGUUUAGUUCUGGAGUGGAAAAAAGAGUUGAAAGAGCAAAUGGACAAACACAAGACUGAGUUGGAAAGGGUCUAGCGUAAGCUCAGGUCACCUUUGUAAUACCGGCCACACAUGUAUUAAGUUAGCAGUUUAUGUUAUAUAUUUUAUCUUCUUUUGGGGGCAAGUUUUAAUUGAUGAUUAGCCACGCCGCAAAACAUGAGUUGUUAGAUGAGAUGAUUCAGAACCCAGUUUGUUUAAUUUUGAUGAUGAAAGCUGAGGAGGCAGGAGUAUUAUGUGCUUGCUAAGUCGCAAGUCAAUAUGAGGAAUGCAGGGAUUGAAUAUGGAGCUCGUCAACUGGACGAUGUCCUUGUAGAAUUCUCUCCCGAAAACAUACAAGACUUUCGAGUCAUUGACAAAUUGAAUUGCACCUCAUGAGAGUUUGACUUUUUAGGAAAUAUAACUCAACAAAAUGUAUUAUUUGUAUGUUAUAAUUGAUUUUGGACUAGACUUUUGAAACUUCUCUAUUGAAUGGUUCAGUUUUCUGGAAA